CAGCUUGAAUUUUCGCUUCGCGAACAGUUGAUUUCGUUUAUUACUGCAAUAACAUACAAGCUUGUAUCGGAUUAGUUACUGUAAAUUCUAGAAUAUAUCGAUAUAUAUAUAUUUAAACUUGGGAUUAGUCGAUAUUUAAAUUUAGAUUUUAAAAUUAAGAUGAACGAAUAAGCGAGAAUAAAUUUAAAUUAAAUCUAAACAUUGGAUAACUCUUUCAAUCAUCGAUAAAAAAUAUUUUUUAUUAAAUGACUGGAAAAUGCAAACGCCUAUCUCCUGGCUACUUUUGUGUUGUUGUUGGUGGUGGUGGUGCUGUAUAACCACACAGAUGAUCAUCUCGUCAGGGGACUUCAUCGCACAGACGAUCGAGAAUGAAAACGUCAGAAAAAAUGAGAACUCAAGAAGUAGAAACAACAAGAUAAACGAAAUCGAUGAUGACAACCGCGAAGACAACAACAACAGCAGCAACAACAACAACAACGACGACGACGAUAACGACAUAGGUACUACAGAACCUUCACUGAUAUUGACACCGUCCGAACCACAAACGGAAUAUUUACACUCCAAUCUCGUGCUGACCUGCCACGUGCACGCAGGAGAUCCGGUGAUGGCCAGGAAGAGCAAGAGAGGAAUGCCUCAUCUCUACUGGCACGAUAGCAAGGGUGACGUCAUCGAACAACACUCUGCAAGACUGAGAAUAGAGCGACCAGACGUUUACACAGUAAAGUUGUACAUAAGCAACAUAAGCACGGAGCAAGCGGGCCUCUACAAAUGUGCAUUAACCUGGGCCGACCUCACAGAGGAAAAGUAUCUCCGUGUUUAUGUGCUGGACGACAUCACAUUCACCGGCGCUGAUGAUCCCACGAAAGAAGUGAACGCUGGCGAAAACGUUCAACUGAACUGCAAGGUGCAAACCAACCUGCUCCCAACCAUCACCUGGAAGUUUAAUGGCACUAUCAUCAACAAACAUG